UUGAAUUUGGCGCGCUUCAUUUUUUAGCGUGUUCUGCGACUUGCCGUUAGACGGCAUCAGUAGUAUUGUUUUAAAUUAACGGCACGAGGAUAGCGUACCUGCAACUUACAACAAUAUUUAGAGCCUUUAUAACUUUAAAAUAAGGAAGAUCGUGCAAGUGGAAAAGUUCAGUUGCAGAAGGGCAGUUGUGUGCACCAACUUCACGUACGAACAAAUGAAAGUCAAGGACAUCCAAAUUCGAGAAGCAGAAUGUCUUCGCCUAACAAUAAGUGAUGAAUAUUUUCGUGGAACGAGUUGAACCUGUCGUAAGGUGUCGAGCGGUGAUCCCUUCGUGAUCCUUCGGCCAUCUUCGUAACCGUUCGGUGGACUGGCGCGCGCUCCGUUUGGUAUUCGGUAGGCGGUAGGCUCAGUAUUCGUUGCGUCUCCGUGAUACAAGGACGUGUUCCUGCGGUGUUUGGCACGUUCACAACCGCGUCGUAACCAAAAACGCGUAUGCGAGGUGCGAGAACGCCCCAAGUAACCGUUUUUGCAACUAUUCCCGUGUACCGGUCGAAAAUUACCGACUCGCGUUGUACGUUUUCCCGUCCGGUUCUGUGUUGUCGCGUACAAUAGACUGAGAGUAGAAGAAAUAAGAGGCGUAGUAAGAAGGGCUACACGCAGGGACUGCAGAGAAAGGAAACACGGAAGGAUUAUGUAUUCGAACAACAUGGCUACUACGAUUGACGACCGGCAGGAGUUGUUGGAGCAGUUUCAAGCGAUCGACGAAAACGGAGACGGCUUCAUCAAUCUGACCGAGUUACGAAGCGCUCUGGACAUCUGUGGCUUCAAGAUGCCCGGUUACAAAGUUCGCCAGAUGAUCGAGGAAUACGACGAUAAACAGAGAUCAGAGCACAAAGGACGUCUUUCCUUCGAAGAAUUCGAGAAAUUGUGCAAAAAGUUAAAGGCCAAUGAACUCGGCUCCACGUUCAAACAAGUGGUGUCGAAGAAGGAGAAUCUGGAGACGUUGGGUGGUAUCUCGGAGGCGUCCAGUGAAGGAACCACCCACUCGGUCAGAUUAGAGGAGCAACUUGCCUUCAGUGAUUGGAUCAACACAAAUCUGUCGCAUGAUCCUGAUUUGAAACACCUGCUGCCCAUUGAUGCUGAAGGGAAGACCCUGUACGAGAAGGUCAAGGAUGGAAUUCUUCUCUGCAAGAUAAUUAAUCAUUCCUGCCCCGACACCAUCGACGAGCGUACCAUCAACAAGAAGAACCUGACAUUGUACAAGAAGCACGAGAAUCUGACCCUAGCUCUAUCAUCAGCCCAAGCAAUCGGCUGUAACAUCGUCAACAUCGACGCCCACGAUCUCAUCAAAGGUUCACCUCACCUGGUCCUGGGUCUCCUCUGGCAAAUUAUCAGGAUCGGUCUGUUCAAUCAAAUCACCCUGGAGAACUGUCCUGGUCUGGCUACCUUGCUCCAAGACGGCGAACGUAUCGAGGAUCUAUUAAAAUUGUCCCCAGAAUCGAUUCUCCUCAGAUGGGUGAACCAUCACCUGGAGAACGCUGGUAUCGCCAGAAGGUGCAAGAAUUUCUACUCAGACAUCACCGACUCGGCGAUCUACACUUAUCUUAUCAAACAAAUCGCACCACCCAAUGCUGGUGUCACCCUGGAGGCUCUAAUGGAACCCAACCACACCUCGCGAGCAGAGAUCAUGCUGCAACAGGCAGCCAAAUUAGGUUGCCGCAGUUUCGUAACCCCGAGCGACGUGGUCCAUGGUAUCUACAAAUUGAAUUUGGCCUUCGUGGCGAACCUGUUCAAUAAUUACCCGGGUCUAGACAAGCCGGAGAGCAAUAUAGAAGGAUUGGAAUCGUUGGAGGAGACUAGAGAAGAGAAAACAUAUAGAAAUUGGAUGAACUCCAUGGGAGUGGUUCCCUAUGUAAAUUGGUUGUACUCCGAUUUAACCGAUGGUCUGGUGAUCUUCCAGUUGUACGACAUCAUUAAACCAGGAACGGUUAACUGGAACAGGGUACACCAGUACUUCAGCAAGUUAAGGAAGUUCAUGGAGAAGUUGGAGAAUUGUAAUUACGCUGUCGAGCUAGGGAAAACGAUGAACUUCUCGUUGGUUGGGAUCGCCGGGCAGGAUAUAAACGAUGGAAACGCAACGUUGACCCUCGCAUUGAUCUGGCAGCUGAUGAGGUCGUACACGUUGUCUCUGUUGACGUCGCUGGCUGGUACUCAGGGUAGUACCAUGGUGGAGAAGGAGGUUGUUCAGUGGGUGAACUCGAAAUUACAGGGGGCUGGGAAGACUAGUAGUAUCAAAGGUUUCCAAGAUUCCUCGAUAGCCGAUGGGAAAGUGGUUAUCGAUCUGAUCGAUGCCAUCAAACCGGGAUCUGUGAACUAUGAUCUGGUUAAGGAGGGAGGCACCGGAGAGGAGAACCUGGACAACGCGAAAUACGCGAUAUCCUUGGCACGAAAAUGUGGCGCGCGCGUUUACGCGCUACCGGAGGACAUAACCGAGGUGAAACCUAAGAUGGUGAUGACGGUGUUCGCUUGUCUGAUGGCGAUGGACUACAUCCCGAAUAUGGACUCGGUGAAGCAGCAGAACAACGUGAACAACAGUCAAUAAUGUCGCGCCAUCGUCGUACGUUUACAUUGUGCACGAGAACUGUCGACUGAGUUGCGGUUACAAUUGGUAACCGUCUCUCUUUCACCAACCUAAUAAUUGUAUAUACAGCUAGGUUUAGGAUAGCUUGUUCGUUUCCAGACGGAAACUAGAGAAGGGGAAGAAACGAAUCUAUUCGUCGAAACGGAUCAUGACUGACUCUAAUUAUUCUUCCGCGUUGCCCGCUUUGGUAGACGUAUUACUACGUUCGAGCUGUUGCUUCAUCUUUGUUACAGUAUUGUCUCUCUAAGUGGUCCGCUCGUUUCUCUAAGUAGCUGUAUCUCGUUUUUCUUUUCUAUUCUCGUAAUUGGCGAAUUUUUCAUUUUCCAGCUAGGAAAAUUUCUGCUUUCCCAAGUGCUUGAUUUCCACUUUUCUAAUUGGAAACAUUUCACUUUCCGCAAAUGGCGAAUUUAUGUUUUUCUAAUUUGCGAAAUUCUAGUUUUCUAGGUAGGAAAUUUUAGCUUCAGCAGGUGGCGAAUUUUUAUUUUUUUAAUUUGCAAAAUUUCAAUAUUUUAAGUAGGAAAAUUUCAGCUUCUCAGGCAGAAAAAUUGCAGCUUUUCCGAUUGGAAAAAUUUCAGCUUUCUAAUUAGCAAAAUUUUAGCAUCCCUAAGUGGCAACCUCUAAUUACUAAAAUAGCAAAAUCUUACCUUUCCUAACUAAAAUAUUCCACCCUUAAUAAAUAAAAAAUUUCAUCCAUCCAAUUAGCAAAUUUCCUAUUUCUAUAGAUGGAAAAUUCCUGCUACUAAAUUUCUGCUUUUCCAAGAGAUCCCUCUUAGAUUGGUAAUACUGUUAUUCCAAAGAAAAGUGAAAAUUAGUGGAGAGCCCCGCGUAGACGAUGCUAGCGAGCUUCGAGCGAGAGUCACGGGAAAAGGAAGUGGAAAUUGAUUGUAACGAUCAGACAGAGCGUGUCUGUUGCAAUUUUGCUCUUCUUGUCGAUCGUUGUUUGUAUCGUGUGAUAUUUUCCUUCCAAAAAUAAAAAAAAAAAAAAAUUUCUACGAUCAUAUCCUCGUCACACUCUGCAUUACCCGUGACCUUAGAUUUUGUAUAAAUCAAUUUUUUAAUAAUCGGUGUCAAUCGAGAAAAGCCAUAGCGAAAUGAAAAAUCAUGUCUCGUUUAAAGUAUCUGGAUACUGAAAAAGGAGAUCCUUUGAUCGAAUCAAUUAUACACUGGGUAUAGUAAUUAAUACAAGAGAACGAAAUUGUGGCUUUCAGAUUGUCGAUUAUAUAUGUAUACAAUAUGUAUUAGAUUAACAUUCUUGAAUCAUAUAUACAAUUUGAUAUAUGUACACGUAUUUGAUACAUACCGUAAGGGUGGAGUUGUCAUAAUUUUACAAUGACGAUGUCUUUGUCAAUCAAUCGAUCAAUUAAUCAAUUUCAUCAGGAGAAAUCUACUUAUAGGAAUUUUCAAAGCAUAUAAUCGAAGGAUUGCUUUGCUAAAGCUGUUUAGACGUUCGUUUUAACCCGUUAACUGAGAUAUUUAACGCCUUCAUUUUUAAUUAAAAAAAGAAAUUAAUGAAGAUUCCAAAAAAUUCUCAGUCAACGGGUUAAACAUUUGUUAAAAUUUCACAAUCAUUCCCGUCAUUUUAAAUCCAUAUUUGGGUACAUUUUAUCCCCUUCAACUCGACUUUUUUUAUAAAUAAAAAUUUCAUUAAAACAGGAAUUAUUUUAGAUUCCAAGAUGCUUAUAAUUUUGGAUCUUAAUUUUUCUAAUUAAAAAAGCAAUCAGUUAUCAAAGAUAAGAAUUGAUGAUUGAAUUUUAUACAAUUUUAAGAAUCCAGUGUCGGGUGGAAGGGUUUAAAUAAUCAGAUUUUACGAUCAAUUUUUCUACCAAUCUUUCGUAAUCAUUUUUAAUCGAACGUGUAACAAUUAAAAAUAAAAA